UUAUUGCCUAUAUAAAUGCCUAAAUGCCCUUCUUCUCUCCCGAAUAAAAGUAGACGGAGAGACAGAGAGCAGAAGCAAAAUCAAAUGGCGUCUAGGGUUUCAGGAAAAGGAGCCAAAGGAGGAGAAGAUAGAUCAGUGACUCAGUGCUUGAAGGAAUGGAGCACUUGGACAGCGAAAAAGGCCAAAAUCAUCACUCACUAUGGCUUCAUCCCUCUAAUCAUCAUAAUCGGCAUGAACUCCGAUCCCAAACCCCAGCUCUAUCAGCUUCUCAGCCCCGUCUGAUCUACACACCACCAUCCUAUGAAUCAACCUGCCCUUUUGUUUUCCUUUAUUGGGUUUGUAAAAUGGAUCAAGUGGUUUAAUUUUAUCAACUCUUGAAUCAUAUAAAAAUUUUUUCUUCUUUUUCUUUCAGUUUGCCUGUUGAUCAUUCUUCAUGUUAAACAACCAUAUCCGAGAUCAUUUUUGAUGAAAUGAUCAGGCUAAUGUUUCAUCAA